CAAGGAGCGGAUUGCAAGUUGCUUCUUCUCGAGGCAACCUCUCCACCCAGCGCCAAGGAGUCCCUCCAGGCCACUGAUCAGUGAGCAAACAAGUCUCCAAAAUUUCCUUUGGGACUCAAGUUUACCCACCGCGAAUUCUCUUUUCCCUUCCUUUCUAUGGUUCAAACCAACAGCACAAUCGGUGGAAAAGCAAAAAGUCACGUUCACAUUCCUGCACCGUAAUAACGGACGAACCCAGGGAGUCGCAUUUUCGAGCCAAGGAAGCUCAGGCUGCCCCGCAGCCCUGCACCCCCACUCCCCCCUCUUCCUGCCGACUGCAUAGCCUUUGGGAAGAUGAAUAGCUUGGCCGAAGUUGUUUUUCCUUUCCGGUGGCCCUGAUCAGGUGUCCCCGCCCCCUCCUGCCGUUCGCCUUCUCUCGCCGCCUUCUCCCGACGCCCCCUCCCGGCCCGGCGCCUCCUCCCCCGCCCCCCUCUGGGCUGGACCGCGGAUGGUACGUUCCGCACGUGAGCUGGGUGCUGGUCUGGCCGGCGACGCGCGUGCCCUGUGGCCAAACACUGCCUGGAGUGAGAGCAAACUACCAGCGCAGUGGGGCCGGCGCAAGUGUGCGUGUGUGUGCGUGUGUGCGAACGCGGUGGAGGGGGGAACCAACUGCUUCACACUUUCAACACUGCACUGAAGAGGGAGAGCGAGAGAGAGACUGGAGACGCACAGAUCCCCCCAAGGUCUCCCAAGCCUACCGUCCCACAGAUUAUUGUACAGAGCCCCAAAAAUCGAAACAGAGGAAACGAAAAGCAGUUGAACAUGGACGAAGGAAUUCCUCAUUUGCAAGACAGACAGUUACUGGAACAUAGAGAUUUUAUAGGACUGGACUAUUCCUCUUUGUAUAUGUGUAAACCCAAAAGGAGCAUGAAACGAGACGACACCAAGGAUACCUACAAAUUACCGCACAGAUUAAUAGAAAAGAAAAGAAGAGACCGAAUUAAUGAAUGCAUUGCUCAGCUGAAAGAUUUACUGCCUGAACAUCUGAAAUUGACAACUCUGGGGCAUCUGGAGAAAGCUGUAGUCUUGGAAUUAACUUUGAAACACUUAAAAGCUUUAACCGCCUUAACCGAGCAACAGCAUCAGAAGAUAAUUGCUUUACAGAAUGGGGAGCGAUCUCUGAAAUCGCCCAUUCAGUCCGACUUGGAUGCGUUCCACUCGGGAUUUCAAACAUGCGCCAAAGAAGUCUUGCAAUACCUCUCCCGGUUUGAGAGCUGGACACCCAGGGAGCCGCGGUGUGUCCAGCUGAUCAACCACUUGCACGCCGUGGCCACCCAGUUCUUGCCCACCCCGCAGCUGUUGACUCAACAGGUCCCUCUGAGCAAAGGCACCGGCGCUCCCUCGGCCGCCGGGUCCGCGGCCGCCCCCUGCCUGGAGCGCGCGGGGCAGAAGCUGGAGCCCCUCGCCUACUGCGUGCCGGUCAUCCAGCGGACUCAGCCCAGCGCCGAGCUCGCCGCCGAGAACGACACGGACACCGACAGCGGCUACGGCGGCGAAGCCGAGGCCCGGCCGGACCACGAGAAAGGCAAAGGCGCGGGGGCGAGCCGCGUCACCAUCAAGCAGGAGCCUCCCGGGGAGGACUCGCCGGCGCCCAAGAGGAUGAAGCUGGAUUCCCGCGGCGGCGGCAGCGGCGGCGGCCCGGGAGGUGGCGCGGCGGCGGCGGCAGCCGCGCUCCUGGGGCCCGACCCUGCCGCCGCGGCCGCGCUGCUGAGACCCGACGCCGCCCUGCUCAGCUCGCUGGUGGCGUUCGGCGGAGGCGGGGGCGCGCCCUUCCCGCAGCCCGCGGCCGCCGCGGCCCCCUUCUGCCUGCCCUUCUGCUUCCUCUCGCCUUCUGCAGCUGCCGCCUACGUGCAGCCCUUCCUGGACAAGAGCGGCCUGGAGAAGUAUCUGUACCCGGCGGCGGCCGCCGCCCCGUUCCCGCUGCUAUACCCCGGCAUCCCCGCCCCGGCGGCAGCCGCGGCCGCAGCCGCCGCGGCUGCCGCCGCCGCCGCAGCGUUCCCCUGUCUGUCCUCGGUGUUGUCGCCCCCUCCCGAGAAGGCGGGCGCCGCCGCCGCGACCCUCCUGCCGCACGAGGUCGCGCCCCUUGGGGCGCCGCACCCCCAGCACCCGCACGGCCGCACCCACCUGCCCUUCGCCGGCCCCCGCGAGCCGGGGAACCCGGAGAGCUCUGCUCAGGAAGAUCCCUCGCAGCCGGGAAAGGAAGCUCCCUGAAUCCUUGCGUCCCGAAGGACGGAGGUUCAAGCAGAGUGAGGAGUUAAAACACCCUUAAUGUCUUUAAGGGAGGAAGUGUAAUAGAUGCACGACAGGCAUAAACACGAACAACAAAACAGGUGUUCUGCGUACAUUUGGAGUUCCUGUUUUGCUCAUCCCUCACCACCCCACCCUCCACACACUUAACAUCCCUUUCUUCCCCCACCAGCUGUAAAAGAUCUUCUGCGAAAGACAUUGGCUGUUUUUUUUUUUAAUCCCCCAAAUAAGUUUUGCCCCGUUUUAGGCCAUGUUCCAUUAUCUCUUAAAAUUGGAACCUAAUUCGAGAGGAAGUAAGAAGGGUCUGUUCUGUGGCUGAGCUAGGUGAACCCCGGGGUAGGGGAAAGAUGUUAACACCUUUGACGUCUUUGGAGUUGACAUGGAACAGCAGGUAGUUGUUAUGUAGAGCUAGUUCUCAAAGCUGCCCUGCCUGUUUUAGGAGGCUUUCCACAAACAGAUUGAGGAUCUUUUAGAAUUGAAUUUACUCUUCAGUAUGUUCUAAUGUUCAGCUUUCUAAAAGGCAUAUAUUUUUCAAAGAAGUGAGGAUGCAGUUGCUGACGUUGCAACCUAUUCUGAAGUGGUUUAAAUGGUAUCUCUUAGUAGUUUGCACUUGUUAAAGAAACACGGAGCUGGGCCAUCGUCAGCACUAAGUCAGGGAAGGAGAUGGAUGAGAAGGCCAGAAUCAUUCCUAGUACAUUUGCUAACACUUUAUUGAGAAAUUGACCAUGAAUUAAUGGACUCAUCUUAAUUUCUUCUUAGUCCAUAUAUAGAUAUCUAUCUAUACAGAUUUCUGUUUAUCCAUAGAUAGGUAUCUGUACAUACACAUCUCAAGUGCGUCUAUUCCCACUCUCAAUCCAUCAUGUUCCUAAAUUUUUGUAAUCUUACUGUAAAAAAGUGCACUGAACUUCAAAACAAAACAAAAAACAACAACAACAACAAAAAAAAACAAGUCCAAACUGAUAUAUCCUAUGUUCUGUUAAAAUUCCAAAGUGAACGAAAGCAUUUAACUGGUCAGUUUUGAUAGGAAAUGCUGUAAAAAUAUAGAAUGAAGUCUUGCGAGGCCUUCCUAUCUCCAAGUCUAUGUAUUUUCUGGAGACCAAACCAGAUACCAGAUAAUCACAAAGAAAGCUUUUUUAAUAAGGCUUAAACCAAGACCUUGUCUAGAUAUUUUUAGUUUGUUGCCAAGGUAGCACUGUGAGAAAUCUCACUUGGAUGUUAUGUAAGGGGUGAGACACAACAGUCUGACUAUGAGUGAGGAAAAUAUCUGGGUCUUUUCGUCAGUUUGGUGCAUUUGCUGCUGCUGUUGCUACUGUUUGCCUCAAACGCUGUGUUUAAACAACGUUAAACUCUUAGCCUACAAGGUGGCUCUUAUGUACAUAGUUGUUAAUACAUCCAAUUAAUGAUGUCUGACAUGCUAUUUUUGUAGGGAGAAAAUAUGUGCUAAUGAUAUUUUGAGUUAAAAUAUCUUUUGGGGAGGAUUUGCUGAAAAGUUGCACUUUUGUUACAAUGCUUCGCUUGGUACAAGCUUAUGCUGUCUUAAAUUAUUUUAAAAAAAUAAAUACUGUCUGCAAGAAACCAGCUGGUUUAGAAAAGUUUAGUAUGUGAAGAUAAACUAGAAAUUAUCUUUAUAUUCUAGUAUUUUCAGCACUCCAUAAAUUCUAUUACCUAAAUAUUGCCACACUAUUUUGUGAUUUAAAAAUUCUUACUAAGGAAUAAAAACUUUAAUAUACGAUAUGAUAUUGUCUAAUAAUUAAAAAAGACAUCAUGGAUGCUCAAUUAGUUUUAAGAUAUCUAUGACUAUAGGGAUACAAAUCACUAAAGUUCUCAGAUUUACAGCUUUUUUUGUCAUUGGCUCGAUGUCACACAUUUCCAAUCUCUUGCAAGCCUCCAGGCUCUGGCUGUGUCUACCUGCUCGUUCCCAAUGUAUCUUAAUGAAAAGUGCAAAAGAAAAACCUACCAAUUAA